AUGUCUGAAAAAACUGAUACCAACGAGCCUGAAAAGCCUGUUCACACUAUAAUUCUCGAUGCCGGGCCACUGAUCAAGAACGUCCCCUCAGUGUCAACCCUCCUGUCACAGUCGCAUACUCUCCUCACCACACCAUCAGUAGUUUCGGAAAUCCGGGACCCUGAAGCCCGUCGCCGAAUAGAAACCCUUUACCUCCCCUUCCUAACUCAGCGGGCUCCGAAGCCUGCCAGUCUCCGAGUUGUGUCUGAAUUUGCUAAGAAAACCGGUGACAGAGAGGUUCUGAGCAAGAAUGAUUUGGAAAUCUUAGCGCUGGCUUAUGAGAUCGAGUGUGAGAGGAACUGCGGUGACUGGAGAUUGAGACGGGAGCCUGGACAGAAGGGUAUUAAUGGAUCACCUCCGGCGCAUUUAACGGCAGCAAGGGACGCUACGAAGGAUGUUGAUGAGAAGAAGCCGGAAGGUCAAGAGGGGAAGCAGGAGGGGUCAGAUGAGAAACAGGAAGAGACGACAGGCACGAUAGUAGAGGAGCAGCCAGAUACCGUGGUGGAAGAAGUUACCCAGAAGAUUGAAGAUGUGGCGAUUGAACAGAACCCUGAAACUGCCCUGGAAGAACCAACCUCUGAACCGACAGACCUUCCGAACAAGGAUGCAGAAGAACCCGACAACGACGGCUGCGAAAUUAACGAUGACGACGAAGAGCAGCACUCUGUUUCAAUAGAUGAAUCAGACUCUGACCCCGAUGGCUGGAUAACUCCAUCCAACCUGAAGAAACGACAGAUUCGCGAUGCUGCGCUUGGUACGGCCGCACCAGAGACGAAAGUUAUGCAGGUUGCUACUAUCACAGGAGAUUUUGCAAUGCAGAACGUUCUUCUACAAAUGAACCUCAAUAUUCUUUCGCCUAGCAACAUGCAACAGAUCCGUCAGUUAAAAUCCUACGUCCUGCGAUGCCACGGUUGCUUCUCUGUGUCAAGGGAUAUGUCCAAGCAGUUCUGUCCCCGCUGUGGACAAGCCACCCUUAACCGAGUCUCCUGUUCGACAUCUGGCAAGGGAGAGUUUAGAAUACAUUUAAAGAAGAAUAUGCAAUGGAACAAUCGAGGGAACAAGUACAGCAUUCCAAAACCUAUUGCCGGCACUGCCAAUACAAAGUGGAGUGGCGUUGGUGGUGGAAAAGGCGGAUGGGGUACGGGAUUGAUAUUGGCCGAGGAUCAAAAGGAGCAUGUCAGAGCUGUUACUGAGGAGGAGAGACGGAAGAAGAAGGGAAGAGAUCUUAUGGAUGAUGAUUUUCUGCCUUCUAUUCUAAGCGGGGAGAGACAGAGGGCAGGUGGGAGAGUUAAAGUUGGAGCUGGCCGCAAUGUCAAUUCGAGGAAACGGAGAUAG